AAGAAGAAGAAGAAGAGAAAGAAAUUGAGUGGGCGGGCAAGAAUGUCUCUGUUUAUAAACUGCAGGCCGGUGCCUUAGUGAGUGGGCCAGGACAGCUCUCUCACUGGCAAUCUCCCUCCUGUGCUGCUAGUCAGAGAUUUCUCACUAGCGCGUCUUUCUCUUCUAUCCUCUUCGGUCUUCUUCUGUCCUCUUAGUGCACUCUUUGUCCUCUCAUCUAGUGAGUGGAUUUGGUCUCGAACGUUCUUAAUAUCAAAUAGCCUUGCAUAGUAGAAGGGAGUUUGUGGGAGACAUCUUUUAUUCUGAAAAGAAGACUCCCACGGGUAUUGAGCUAGCCGAGAAAUCAAUUCAGAGUAACAAGUCAAUGCUUUAUAAUCGGCUACAUGAAUAGCAAAGGUAGCAUUGUUAUCCUGAAGCUGAAUGGUAUAUUUAUUAUUGAGAUCUGUUGGCUGUCCUCCUACAAACUCGGCGUCCUCCACUCCUCAUAGAGGAUAAAAGCCGCCGACCAGGGACCCUAAGGCUUCUACCGUCACAGCCUUAUCUUCUACUUCAUCGUCUGCAUCUUCUUGCCGUCUCUUCGCCGUCUUCUAGACUUCUUCUGCUCGUCAACUCCUCUUCUUCCACCAAAAAUCAACUUUGACGUCAACGACUUGCUGACAAAUAUCUUAGUCACUCGUCCACGUGACACGUAUAGGCGUUUUCGACGUCAAAGACGAAGAAACAUCGACAGAGCGACAGCGACGUCGACUAUCACAAUACCAAACAUCUCGCCCGGACAGACACCCUACCUCCUGCUAGCAGAGAACAAGAAUACGGAGUUGCCAGAAAAACUCCCUUUUACGCAGUGAACGCUUCUAACCCUUCACUCACUGGUUUCGCGCUCGUCACGGUUGGGUACUGAGAGGGAGUCGCCAGACAGACAGCUCGUGAAAGAGCUUCCGCUGCCAGCUCCAAUGGUAGAUUUGGCCAUUUUCCCUAUCUGAGCUAAUAGCCAGCGCCUGGAAUCAUGAGUUCAACCACUCCACCAAACCCACCCUUGGGUAGAACCCCCCCGGGAGGACCGAAUGGACCCUUUAUGGUCAGACGGCGCCCCAAGCCAGCGGAUCCGCUCGUUCGACCAAAGAAACGACCUAUUCCGCGACCUACUGCUCCUGGCCAGCCUCAGCCUCAGGGCCAGUCUCAGGGAUAUGGGCAAGGCCAGGUGCGAUCUACGACCGCGAAUGGGACAUCGACCCUUCCACUGCAGCCUCCACGACAUCAACCUCCGGCGAGCACGCUACCGCAACCAAGACCUAUCCCCAGCGCUGACGACCUCACUACCAACGGCUUCAGCGGUCCGUUGCUCUCAGAAACGUACUCAGACUACCCGCUGGUUACAACGAAACGUGCGCUCAGAGAAGGAUUAAGGCACCACAUCGCAAAGCUUAUAUCAAAGAAAAGCGUGGACCCUAGAGAUGAAUCUCAAUUUACACGCCCCGUAAGAUUACAGCGACGAGAUCCAAGAGCUACAACCACAGCUUCAGCAGGAAAUGAAAAGGAAGAUGCAAAUCCCCGACGAGGGUUCCGUGACCCUUACGCUGGUCUGACUGAGGCCGAACGCCAGGAGAUGGAAGCUAAGAAAGAAGCACGGGCUAAAGAACGUGAGGAUAACCUGGCGCAGAUUGCUCCCUCCGUUAAUUCAGGACCCAAGAAAGUGAACGCCCCUAAGCAGCGGACACAGCAAGUCUUCAAAUCUAUCAUCACACCAGAGGAGGCUGCAAAAUCUCAGAUUAAAUAUGAGGAGGCCUUACCUUGGCAUUUGGAAGAUUUUGAUAAUAAAAAUAUUUGGGUUGGCAAGUAUGAGGCUGCCAUGUCAGAGACAUACGCCACAUUUGUUUUGGAGCGCAGCGGGAAGAUGCGAAUGAUACCCAUUGAUAAAUGGUACAAAUUUACUGCCAAAAAUCAGUUCAAGGUCUUGACUAUUGAAGAGGCAGAGAAGCAUAUGGCUAGGAAGAUUAGAGAUCCCCGAUGGUUCAUGGAAAAGGAGCAAGCACGAGCCCAGGAGAGAGAGCUUCAAAGAUAUGCUAGACAGCGGAAAAUCUACACUGGGCAGUCUCGAAACGCGCCAGUCACUGAUCGUUUCGAAGGCGACGAUAUGGACUUCGACGAAGAUAGAUUUGCAGAUGACGAGGAACAUGUUGGGCUGUUUGAUGAUGAUGAAGAUGCCAAAACUGCAGAAAAGCGUAUCAAACAAGACCAGCUAAAGGCAAACAUCUUUGAUCUCAAAGACGAGAAGGACUAUGAUGAAGAGGAGCACCUAGAAAAGAAACAAAAGGAAGAUCUUAAAAGCUUUGGCAAACAGGUUCGAAAGGCGUUGCAGCGACGCGAGAAGAAUUAUGACUACAGUAGUGGAUCUGACGCAAACCCUUACUCGGAUGAUGAGGUAAUUUUGUUUUUUACCAUGUACUUGUCUUCUUCCAUAUUCAACUAACUGUUUCUUUUAGAGUACGGAUGAGUCCGAACUAGAGCGCCAAAAAGAGGAGCAGAAAAAGUCGGAAGAAGAUCCCAAGCGGAAAGAUAACCAGGCCGACAAACCUUCGGGAACAUCUACCAAAGGCACCAAUACCCCGUCUGGGCGUAAUAAACAUACUGACCCGCUGAAGAGAGCACAAGCUGCCGCUCGCAAACGUCCCGGAUCCCCAAAUCUUUCCGACGCCAGUGGCACAGAUUCCUCCCGUAAGAAACCGAAGAACAAGCAUCUUUCUGCCCAGAUCUCCAAUUCUCAGCCUACCUCUAGACCUAUUUCUCCUGUUCCCCAAGCGCAGAGAAAGAGCUCUGGAACUGCUAACGCAAACGACGCCACGCCCAGCACUGCUCAAACCGCUGCCGGUGCAAAGAAGCGUAUCCGCACUGGUCCAGGCAAGGCUGGGUCUGCAAGUGAUGUUGAAAAAGCCGCCAACUCUGGUGCUGAAAUGAGUGAUAGUACUAUGGCAAAGAGAAUGAAGCUUAACGUUCCAGCUGCCAAAUCAAAGACCGGAACUCCAAUUGGUUCUCGUGCCGGAAGCCCUACUCCUGCUGGCAAAGCUGUGGCCGGUAGCCGAGCCAGCAGCCCCGAGAGUUCUCGUGGUCAGUUCCUCCCAUUGCAUAUAGACAUACAUUCCCAUACUAACUUGAUGGAUACAGGCGUUUCUACUCCCUCCGGUUCCGGAUCUCGAAGAGGGUCGGUCUCAGGUGCCAACCCUGGCGCCGGGGCUCCACCACCCGCCUCUUUCCCAACUGCUUCUGAAAUACACGCCGCUAUUCCUGCAAGCGGAAUCUUGAGCAACGAUCUCCUCCGUAUGUUCCGAUCACGCCUUGGAAACUCCAGAGAGAACCAUCGUAGGUUUAUUGGGAUCGUCAAGGAUGUCUCGGUCUUUGGAAAGGAGGACAAGCUGUUGCGCCCUGGUGUUAUCAAAGAAGCUUGAUUUUCACCUCUCCUGGAAUCAUAACGCGAUACCGAGGGUAUUACGAUGUAUCUUGCCUCUUGGAGCUUUCAAAAAUUUCUAGUAUCUUGUAAUGAUAACUAUUUUACUGGCGGACAAAAGCAUCUAUCAUGGCCAUCUGUUCAUAUUCACACGGUGUAAUAAAUAAUCUGCAUACGCCGAAUAUUCACACUUUUACGAUUACUGCAAAGGACUAAGUGAAAUGCCUGUUCAGACUGUCCUUUACUGUGAUAUAUAAUACAUGUAUCAUCAAUCAUUCACCACCUAGGGGUUGGUUACUUGACAGGUGCGCCCCCAUUUAAGAAUCGCGGGAUAUCUCCUGCCAAUAGAAAUUCAAGUCUUGGAGGCUUCAACUACCCUGCUAUGACGACGUGCCACAAACGCUCUACAAAGCAUCAAUAAGUUUGAUCAAGACACUUGACGUCUACUUAGGAUACUCUUGGUUCCCUAACAGCUUAGGUGUCAAGCAUAUCGAGGGCACCGACAUGGAACAAGCAAACGCCCCAGCAACUCCGGAUAAGCGCCGUCAUUUUCAUCACCAUCAUCGCCGACGCAUACAAGGCGAACCGAUCGAACUGAUAGAAGGAGAUAGAGCAGCUGAGCCUGAGAGGCGGUCGAAGAAAGAAAAAC